CGCGCCAUGGACGACUGGGAGACUGCCGAGCUCGAGCCGAAGCGCGCGCGCGCGCCGCCGAGCGCGCCGAGCGGAGCACCAGCACCUCCGACUACAUCGGGCCCACCUCCCGCACAUCCCGCACCCGCACCCGCGACGGAGCGACGGCAGCCCAUCGUCCUCGCGCGCCGCCCCGCGGCCCCGGCAUCACAGGCGCCCGCAUCGGCGCCGGGGUCAGCGCCGGCGCCACCGCACGCGUCGCACCCCGUGCUCCAACAUCCCCAGCCUGGCGCGCCCGCGCCAGACGCCGACGACGAGUGGUUCCGCGGCGCGCCGGCGUCCAACCGUCAGAUCUGGGACAGCGCUAAUCGCGCCCCGCUCCCCGUCAUGACGGCGCCCUCGGCCCCCCCGCCGCAACUCAAGAUCCUGAAGCGCGACCCCGCGCCGCGCCCGUCCUCGGGCAGCUCGAGCGGCACCGCGACGCCCAAGACCCUCGCGCAACGCGAGCAGGAGUACCGGCUCGCGCGCGAGCGUAUCUUCGGGAAGGAGGAGGUGCCGAGUUCGUCUGCGUCCGCGUCGUCCGCGACCUCGGCGUCUGGGUCCGCCGCGGCGUCGUCGCCGAGCACGACUAGUGCGAGUGCGAGCGCGAGUGCGAGUGCUAGUGCGGGUGCGAGUGCUAGUGGGGGUGCUAGUGCGGGUGACGGCAGAGGUGGAGGUAAUGGGAACGGCGGAGGGAACGGUGGAGGGAACGGUGGAGGGAACGGCGGAGGGGCAGGGGCAGGGAACGGCGGCGGAGACAGGAGAAGCGCGCGCGGAGGUAAGCGCUCGGGAGGGAGUACGCCGCGCACGCCGUCCGGGCGAUCGACGCCGGCGGCGGACGAGCUCAGUCGUGCCGUGGCGCAGCUGUCGCUCGAUCGGCGCGGCACGCCAGGCAGCGUGCCCCCCACUGCUGGGGGCGCUGGCGGGGGCGCUGGCGGGGGCGCUGGCGGGGGCGCUGGCGGGGGCGCUGUGGGUGGCGCUGGGGACGGCGGUGCCAGCGAGUUCGACCGCGGAUUCGACAAGCUCGAUGCGCGCCGCGGCCACUCGCCGUACGGAUACACGGGGUAUCAAUACGGCGCGCAAAGCUACACCACCUACCAGCACCAGCACGCCGCCGGAUACCGGUACACGGCGUAUGAGGCGCAGACCUUCGGGCCGCGGUACGCGCAGCCCCCGCAGCAGCAGCAGACGUACUACCGCCCACAGGCGUACACGCAGCCGCCCGCCCAGUACCCCCACACCCAGGCGCCGCACACGUACAGCGCGCCGUACACUGCGCCGACGACUACCCCGCCUUCGCAGUCGAACUCGCAGGCGCAUGCGCCAGCGCCACACUUGCCUCCCCAACCCUACACUCAGCACAGCGCGCCGUACACGUACACCUCGCCGCCGCCCACUUUGCCCGCGCGCCCCGCGCCGCCCUCCGUUCCACCAAUACAGCCCCGGGGCGGCGGCGUGCUCCGUCAGCCGAGAGGUCCGGGGCAGGGAGGAUUCGGACGAUAGCUGGUAGCGAUUGGGAGUAUGCAUAGAUUCCUGAGAUGGAGCGUGGGGUACCGUACAACAAGACGCAAUGCAUGC